AUGGCCGAUCAACUGAACAUGGGUGGUUUGAGUCUGGGCGACCAGCAGCAGGCUUCCGCACCUCGUUCCUACAUCCCUCCUCACAUGCGAGGCAAGGUCGGUGCCGCUGGCAACGCUCCUCCUCCCAUGCCUGCUGGAGGUCCUCCUCCUAACAUGAAUGGUCUCAACAGCAGCGCUUGGGCUGGUAACAACAGCUUCGACGCUCGACCCGCUCCUGGGGGUUGGGACGCUGCCCCUAACUACCCUGCUCAACAGCGUCAAAGCCCCGGAAACUGGAAUAACAAUCGAGGAUUCGAUCGCAAUGCCUACGGCAACCCAGCCGCUGGCGGCGGUGGCGGCAGUGGCGGUUCCGGAGGGGGUUAUGCUAGAGGCUCGGGCGACGGGCAAUGGCGCGAUGGCAAGCACAUUCCUGGUCCCCCGAAUCCCCGUAUGGAGCGCGAGCUGUUCGGUACCCCUGAUGAUCCCUCGAAACAACACACCGGUAUCAACUUUGAGAAGUACGACGACAUUCCCGUCGAAGCCUCUGGGCAUGAUACUCCGGAGCCUGUUCUCACCUUUAGCAACCCUCCCUUGGAUGAUCACCUGAUCCGCAACAUCGAACUAGCUCAUUACAAGGUUCCAACUCCCGUACAGAAGUACUCGAUCCCCAUUGUCAUGGGCGGACGAGAUCUGAUGGCCUGUGCCCAGACUGGUUCCGGAAAGACUGGUGGUUUCCUUUUCCCCAUUCUCUCCCAGGCCUUCCUCACUGGCCCCUCUCCCAUCCCCGCAGGCGCUCCCGGUGGUGGUUACGGCCGUCAGCGUAAGGCCUACCCUACGUCUCUCAUCCUAGCCCCGACUCGUGAAUUAGUCUCUCAGAUCUACGAUGAGGCCCGCAAGUUCGCCUACCGAUCCUGGGUUCGACCAUGUGUGGUCUACGGUGGUGCUGAUAUCGGUUCUCAGCUUCGCCAGAUUGAGCGCGGCUGUGAUCUUCUAGUUGCGACACCUGGACGUCUUGUCGAUCUCAUAGAGCGAGGUCGCAUUUCCCUCGUGAACAUUAAGUACUUGGUUCUAGACGAGGCUGACCGCAUGUUGGACAUGGGUUUUGAGCCUCAGAUUCGUCGGAUUGUUGAAGGCGAGGAUAUGCCAGGUGUUCAGAACCGACAAACCCUCAUGUUUUCGGCCACCUUUCCCCGAGACAUCCAGAUGCUUGCCCGCGAUUUCCUUAAGGACUACGUCUUCCUUUCGGUUGGUCGCGUUGGUUCUACGUCCGAGAACAUCACUCAGAAGGUCGAGUACGUUGAGGAUGUUGACAAGCGCUCUGUUCUUUUAGAUAUCCUACACACCCACGGCGGUGGUCUUACCCUAAUCUUCGUCGAGACGAAGCGCAUGGCCGAUUCGUUGUCUGACUUCCUCAUCAAUCAGAACUUCCCAGCGACCUCGAUUCAUGGUGAUCGCACGCAACGUGAGCGUGAGCGCGCUCUAGAGAUGUUCCGAAAUGGGCGAUGCCCCAUUCUGGUGGCCACUGCCGUCGCCGCACGUGGUUUGGAUAUUCCUAACGUCACGCAUGUCGUCAACUACGAUCUUCCCACUGAUAUUGAUGAUUACGUCCACCGAAUUGGUCGUACUGGUCGUGCAGGCAACACUGGCCACUCAACGGCAUUCUUUAACCGCGGCAACCGUGGUGUUGUGCGAGAUCUCAUCGAGCUCUUGAAGGAAGCUAACCAGGAGGUUCCGGCCUUCCUCGAGACCAUUGCCCGAGAGAGCUCCUACGGUGGUGGCCGUGGUGGACGAGGUGGUGGUGGUGGCCGCGGUCGCGGUCAGAAUGCGAACCGCGAUUUCCGAAAGUUCGGCGGUGGCGGCGGCGGAGGCGGCGGUCCUGGCUUCGGCGGGUUCGGAGGUCCUCAGCAAUCCGGCGGCUACGGUGGCGGCGGUGGCGGUUUCAAUGGUCCUCCCCCCAGCCAAGGCUACGGUGGAGGCUACGGAGGUGGCGGUGGUGCUCCGGCCUAUGGUGGUGGUGGAAGUUACGGCAACCCUGGCGGACCGAGUGGCCAGGCUUCCUGGUGGUAA